CGAGAAUUGAGUUUCCAAUUCUAAUCCAAUCAGCUUUUACACUGCCACUCCUCUUCCCUUUCUCAGCUCAUUUCAUCUUACACCCACUACCACAUCACCAUGUCUGGCUACUCGAACGUUGGUAACUCCCAGGUCUAUGAGGCCGGCGACCAGAGACAAGUCAAGGCGUCCGAAAUGCAAGAAGCCGACAGGUACAACGAAGGCCAGCCUCACUCCCACAAGAGCCUCGAUUCGAAGGAUGAGCGAACCAUUGCCAACAAGCUAGCAGCAGCAGAGAAGAAGGACGAAGACCGUGAAGACCCCGAAACCAAGAUGUCGAAGCGGGAUCCAACUCUACCGGCGAAGAUGCACGGCAACGACCCGUCUAAAGGCGCAAAGAUAGAUGCGGAAUUGGCCGCAGAGGAGGAAGCCGAAUUGAAGCGGAAGGGCAGGGCGUGAGGGCAGGACAGAACACAGCUGUCAGGUCAUGGACCAUUGUAAUAUGUGAAUUGAUACAAUAUUGAUGAGGGCAUCCCAAGAUCGAUACAGCAAGAUAUCGGCUCGAGGCAGCAUUCCUAUGGUGCAGAAAGUCUGGGUCGUAAACAUUUGUUGAGACGAGCUAAGGUCAGUA